AUGUCAAACAACGAGGAAUUCCCUUUAACAAAUAAGCAAGCAGCCGUCCUUAUUAAUGGCGUACACACCGAGAUUUUUAUAACUGGCUUCACCGAUCGUAUAUUUAUUGUGAUUACGCAGUAUGGCAAGAUUGGAAGUUUGAUUCAAGCAAGCCAAGAUAUAGCACCUCAUUUAGCGAGUAACCCCAAGGCUGUACCAACAUCAACACAGUUUCUUAUGGGAGAAUCUACAGGAGAACAAAGCGAGCUGUAUAAUUUAUACGCCACGUCUAUUUUACAAGCGGUAGGUGCGAUGAAUCCCAAAGAAAGUCGACCUUUAUUAUUAGGAAUCGCGUUAAAGCCUUUAGAAUCGAUGAGCGAUAAACGUGUCGUAUUUCAUCAAAUUAUCGACCAAAUCAUGGCCAAUCGAGUAUGGUAG